GAGAGAUGGGUGACUGGAGCUUCCUGGGGAACAUCUUGGAGGAGGUGAAUGAGCACUCCACCGUCAUCGGCAGAGUCUGGCUCACCGUGCUGUUCAUCUUCAGGAUCCUCAUCCUUGGCACGGCCGCAGAGUUCGUAUGGGGCGAUGAGCAGUCCGACUUCGUGUGCAACACCCAGCAGCCGGGCUGUGAGAACGUCUGCUACGACGAGGCCUUUCCCAUCUCCCACAUCCGCCUCUGGGUGCUGCAGAUCAUCUUCGUCUCCACUCCCUCCCUGGUGUACGUGGGCCACGCCAUGCACCACAUCCGCAUGGAGGAGAAGCGGAAGGAGCGAGAGGCAGAGGAGCUGUGCCAGCAGCCCGGGGCCAACAGCGGCGAGAAGGGGCCCCUCGCCCCAGACCAGGGCAGCAUCAAGAAGAGCAGCAGCAGCACUCGAAGUGCCAAAAAGUUCCGACUGGAGGGCACCCUGCUGAGGACCUACAUCUGCCACAUCAUCUUCAAGACCCUGUUUGAGGUGGGCUUCAUCGUGGGCCACUACUUCCUGUACGGUUACCGGAUCCUGCCCCUCUAUCAAUGCAGCCGGUGGCCCUGCCCCAAUAUGGUGGACUGCUUCGUGUCCCGGCCCACUGAGAAAACCAUCUUCAUUCUGUUCAUGUUGUCUGUGGCCUCCGUGUCCCUCUUCCUCAAUAUUAUAGAGAUGAGCCACCUGGGCCUGAAGAGGAUGCGGUCGGCCUUCAAGAGGCCUGUAGAGCAGCCACUGGGGGAGAUUCCUGAGAAAUCCCUUCACUCCAUCGCUGUCUCCUCCAUCCAGAAAGCCAAGGGUUACCAGCUCCUGGAAGAAGAGAAAAUCGUGUCCCACUAUUUCCCUUUGACUGAGGUUGGGAUGGUGGAGACCAGCCCCCUAUCUGCCAAGCCUUUCAGUCAGUUUGAGGAGAAAAUUGGCACAGGACCCCUGGGCGACUUGUCCCAGGUUUACCAGGAGACUCUGCCCUCCUACGCUCAGGUGGGAGCACAGGAAGUGGAGGGGGAGGAGCAGCCUGUUGAGGAGGUGGCAGAAUCAGAGGUGGGUGAGAAGAGGGAGGAAGCAGAGAGGGUGACCACAGAAGGUCAGGAGGCAAUACUGGAGGGAGAGAAAGGAGAGACCCCUGGGGUGGGGAAGGAGGGCGAGAAAGAAGAGCUGCAGGCAGAGAAGGUAUCAAAGCAAGGGCUGCGGGGUGAGAAAGGGCUGCUGAGAAGGCGCCUUCUCUAUGUGCAGAGCUGACCACUGAUGAUACCAGACCCCUGAGUAGGCUGAGCAAAGCCAGUAGCCGUGCCAGGUCAGAUGAUCUAACUGUAUGAAGUGGUGCCA